GAUAAUUGUCCGACUCUAAAUAUCGGCUCAUCCACCGGGCGCUGGCUGGGUUCAAACUGGGCCUGAUGGCGCACGGGAUUGUAAUUUUACUUUCCCUCUGCGCGGCUUUGACGGGGAUUGAGAGCAUGUUUACUUCUGUGCAUGAGUGCUGUGAGGCUGGAAGGGUGAUAGCCCUGAGGAAGCAAGACUGCACGGCGCUUCCACGUUUCAGCUCCCACAUUUGCAGCAUUGCCCAAGAGCACUGCUGUCGCGCUUUAGCGAGAGAGCGAGCCUGUGACACUGGCAUUAAGGUGGCCCGUGGUCACGGGGUCUGCGAGCGGCCCCUCUUCACAGGAUCCAACUGGGAAGCGCAAAUUUCACAGUCAUGCUGCGACUGCUGCACAAUGGGUUUGAAAACAGACAGCAUGGGCUUCGGCUGUGACUUUCAGGACCUGCAGCUGGACAAGCAAUGUUCUAAUGCGGCUAAAGUCUGCUGUCAGAAACCCAAGGACAUCACUCCGUCUGCUAAAGGACAAGAAGAGCUUAAAGUGUUGAUCUCCAGGCCUCCAGACGAACCAAAUACCUGCAGAGAGCUUAACUGCUCUCAGCUGUGUGUAGGUAACGGAAGAUGCGUCUGCAACGACGGCUUCCGACUGCAAAGGGACGGAGUGACGUGUGAGGAUAUUAAUGAGUGUCUCGCCGACCGCCACAACUGCAGCGCCGAGCAGGUUUGCGUGAACACAGACGGGUCGUUUCACUGUCAGCUCAGCUGCCACCCGGGAUUCACAAUCACAGACGACAUCGCUUGCAAAGACAUAGAUGAGUGCGCUGUGGGGAGCCAUAACUGUGGAGCGGGCUACGCUUGCGUCAACACACCCGGCUCGUUCUACUGCGACCUGAAGGUGGUGUGCAGAGACGGUUUCACUCUGGACUCUUCCGGAAAAUGCAUCGACAUCGACGAGUGUCUGCUCCUUACCAACCCGUGCCGACGCGGCCAGAGUUGCGUCAACGCAGUCGGCUCUUACGUCUGCCUCGGGAAUCCAGUCGUCUGUCCGCAGGGUUACCGUCCAACCGCGGACGGGACGCGCUGUGAAGACGUGGACGAGUGUCUCGUUGCCAACGUGUGCGGCAGCCACGCCUGCGUGAACCUGGACGGGUCGUACCGCUGCGAGUGCAGAGCGGGCUACCGCUUGAGCAACGUCACCGAAGCCUGCGAAGACAUAAAUGAAUGCAAGUAUUACUCCUGGCGACUCUGCGGGCACAUAUGCGAGAACACGGAGGGGUCUUAUCGGUGCAGGUGCAUAUCCGGCUUCAGGCUGGCUCCGGACGGAAGGACCUGCGAAGAUAUCAACGAGUGUCUGACCGGCCGUCACAACUGCCCCAGAGGUCAGGUUUGCCUCAACACCGAGGGCUCGUUUCACUGCCAGCGCGAAAUCGCCUGCAACACCGGCUAUAAACUCACAGGCAGCUUUUGCCAAGACAUCGAUGAGUGCGCUUUGGGGAGACAUGACUGUGGGGCAAAUUACGUUUGCGUCAACACGGCCGGCUCGUUCCGCUGCGAGCAAAAGCUGGUGUGCGGAGACGGUUUCACUCUGGACGCUGCCGGCGGCUGUACCGAUGUUGAUGAGUGCUCUGCCCACACCAGUCCGUGCCAGCCCAGCCAGACGUGCGUCAACACGUUGGGCUCCUAUAGCUGCCACGCCAAUGCGAUCACAUGCCCACGAGGGUUUCAUCUGAGCGUGAACGGCACACGGUGUGAAGAUGUGAAUGAGUGUCGGGUUGGCAAUAAGUGUGCCAAGCAUGUGUGUGUCAACCUGGAAGGACUGUACCGCUGCGAGUGCAGAAGUGGCUACAUGUUCAACAGCGUCACCAAACUGUGCGAAGAUAUCAAUGAGUGCACCCAUUAUCCCGGUCGACUCUGCGCCCACAAGUGUGAGAACACAGAGGGGUCGUACCGAUGUAGCUGCGCAACCGGCUUUAAGCUGGCCUAUGAUGGCAGAGACUGCGAAGACAUCAACGAGUGUGAGGACAAACCCUGCAGCCAGGAGUGCACCAACGUCUACGGCUCAUACCAGUGCUACUGUCACCGUGGUUACCAGCUGAACGACGUCGACGGGAUGACUUGUGAAGAUAUUGAUGAAUGCACACUGCCAAACGUGUGUUCUUACCAAUGUGUCAACAUGCCUGGUGAUUUUAACUGCACCUGCCCCAGCAGUGGUUACACACUCUUGUACGACGGACGUACUUGUCAGGACAUUGAUGAAUGUGCUGCAGGAACUCAUUCUUGUUCUGCCAAGGAGACCUGCUUUAACGUCCAAGGAGGAUUUCGCUGUCUGUUCUUUGAGUGUCCUCCAAACUUCAGCCGAGCAGGAAAGGGAUCCGCAGGUAACGCGUCCGCCGUGGUGCGUUGCGUCAAAGCGUGCCAGGAAAGCGACGGCGACUGCGCUCGCGACCGCGUCCACAUCAUCACCUCCACAGCCCUGUCCCUGCCUACCUCGCAACGCUUAGAGGGGCCCGAGGAGAUCGUGUUGCUGCGGACGUCCGCAGAAGCGAAACAAGAUCUUCUCCCAGACGAGCCAGAUGUGUUGUUUGACAUUUUAGCAACCGACGAGCUGCUCUCUUUCGACGUGAUAAAGGGUGCGCAAAACGGCAUGGUUGUCGGGGUAAUCCGCCAGAUCAAGCCCGUAUUGGGCCCAAAGGAGCUCAUUCUGGAGGUGACUAUGAAGUAUGUCCAGUCAGGAGUCGUUUCUCAACAAAACAUCGUCCUCAUCCACGUCUUCAUCUCCGAGUUCUGGUUCUGAGAAGGGAAUGUAAAUGUUUUCUAGAUAAUUCUACUGGAAAAAAAUUAGGAAAAAAAAAACAUGACAUAAUUAAUGUAAAUAUACAUCGGCAAGGAAAAUGGUGGCAGAUUUCAGUUAGUGUGGAAGUUGUUUGCAUACAGUGAAUUCAGUUACAGGUGUUGAUGGUAACCAGUGCAGGUUACUAACAUGAAAGGAGAGAUUUUUAUGCUCCACAGUCUUCAGCCUCUGUGAGGUCGUAUGUAUGCACAGCAUGGUUUACGUUUCAGGCAAACUGCAUUUUUUAUUUUUUAUUUUUGCAAAGAUGAUACUAUGCCUGACAGGAAAUUGCAGAUUUACAGAUGAACGUUUUUGUCAUUCUAAAUGAUCAGAUGCAAAUAGCCAUAAAUCUCCCAAAUAUAUUAUGAAAGUUACUUGGAAAAAAUAUAAAAACCAGAAUAUUUUUUUAAAAUUUCCAGGCGAAUUAGAGUAUUUCUGUGAUUCUUUGCGAACAACAUGAAGGAUUUUGAUGUUAAAUAUGAAAUUUGGAAUCCGUGAAAGUGAUCAUUUUGCCCCAUCUUCUCACACAUAGAUUGAUACUUGUAAUUUUUUAGUUAGCUCUAGUCACUGCGUAACUUUCUAGAGACACUUGCUCAUACAAUGCUGUACUUUCAUUUUUUCACCACAAGGUAACACAAUGCUGCACUCUCAUGCAUAAAUGGGUAUGGACUCAAUUUAUUUUUAAAGCAAAUCUGUUUACUGUAUAUGUUCAUUUCUUACCAAAUGCUUAGCUAAAGCUUUUGUCUUUUAGCCAUACAGUGCUAUGUUUUGUAUGUUAGCAAUAUGCUAAUACCUUGCUAAGCUUUCAUAUGGUAGCAAAACCUUAAUACAAAGCUUAGCUGUCAUUUGUUUUUCAAGUGCUAACGCAAUAAGGUUUUAUCUUAUUAGCCAAAUGCUAAUACAAUCCUAACCUUUCACUUGUUAACCAGAUUCUAAUACAAUACUUAGCGUUCAUAUGUCCUCCAAAUGCUAGGAAAAUGUUUAGCUUUCAUUUGUUCAACCAAUGCUAAUACAACGCAAAGCUUACAUCUGUUAGCAAAAUGGUAACAAAAUGACAAACUUUCAUUUAUCAGCCAGAUGUGUUGAAAUAUUUCAGAGCAGAAUUAUCAUAAAAGAUGAAUUGAAAAGGUUGCCAGUAAUUUCUUCUUUACAUCAUAAAAGUUUAGAGUUUGUUGCCUUUACUGUUUGUACUGUUUGUGAAAAGGUUUUUUUUUUUUGGGGGGGGGCUAACUUCCUUUUUUUGUGUUAUUACUUUCUUGCCAAAAAAAAUUGUAAGCAAAUAAAGCACACAAACUGUCCUCAAACAUUGCAUGCAGAUUAAACAUACUUUGCAAACUGUUAUCACAACAAAGCAAUUUACUGAACUGGGUUAUAGAGUACACAGCAUUUCACUUGUCUCAAUGUCACCCUCCUGUGCUGUCAAGGUUCUGUCUAAGGUAUGACAUAACUAUUGGCAGAAAUUUGGCGCAGAGCGUUUUGUAUGCAAAUAGAGCUCGUUUUGUACUCGCGGAUAGUUUGUGAGAUAAGUUUUAUAUGUGUGCAACAUGCUUUCUUUGUUUGCAAUGUUUUUUUGGCAGAACAAUUUGUGAAACAUAUUUUAUUUGUGUGCAGCAUGCUUUAUUUGUUUGCAACGUUUUGGCCGGAAAUUAACUCCACGUUUUGUGGGCUUGCUUCUUCUGAUGCCAGACUUCAGCAUUUAAGUGCUUGUAUUUAACUGAAGCAAUUGUGUUUUGUACAAGAAUAAAAAAUUUGUGAAACCAUCUGUGAGUAAUAAAAACCUUCAGUAGUG